AUGACACCAUCGGCAGUUGAGGGCGACGGCGUCAAUGGGGUCACUCAAUUAAAUGGCCACAGCGUUGGCACACAAUUGAAGGCGACUGCUCCAGCAUUCCACCCAACAGGCACACCAAACAAGUCAAAAUAUCACGCUUCCUCGUCUGAUGAAGCCAUCCACGCAGAACACGAAUAUGCUGCCCACAACUACCACCCCUUGCCCAUCGUCUUUGCCCGAGCACUGGGUACCAAGGUCUGGGAUCCAGAAGGUCGAGAAUAUCUAGACUUUCUUUCGGCUUAUUCUGCUGUCAACCAAGGCCAUUGCCACCCGGAACUCGUCAAGGCACUGGUUGAACAGGCGUCGACAUUGACUCUCAGCUCCAGAGCGUUCUAUAAUGACGUGUUUCCUCGCUUCGCAGAAUUCGUCACCAAGUAUUUCGGCUUUGACAUGGUCUUGCCCAUGAAUACCGGUGCUGAAGCAGUCGAGACUGUCAUCAAAAUUGCCAGAAAAUGGGGUUACAAGUCUAAGGGUAUUCCUCAAGGGGAAGCCCUCGUUCUCAGCGUCGCAGAAAAUUUCCACGGUCGCACAUUCUCCGCAAUCUCCAUGUCAACGGAUCCAGAAUCGAGAGACAACUAUGGCCCCUAUCUACCAGGUGUUGGAAGUUUGAACCCGGGCACUGGGGAGGUGAUCCCUUACAACGAUAUCUCGGCCGUUCGCAGCGUGUUUGAGUCUCAUGGAGAAAAAAUCGCCGGCUUCUUGGUCGAGCCAAUCCAAGGAGAAGCCGGCAUCGUUGUCCCCUCCGACAGUUAUCUCUCCGACCUCCGUGCCCUCUGCGACAAGCAUAAUGUCCUUCUCAUCUGCGACGAAAUCCAAACCGGCAUCGCCCGCACGGGCAAACUUCUUUGCCACGAAUGGGCCGGCAUCAAACCCGACCUUGUGCUCCUCGGCAAGGCUAUCUCCGGCGGCAUGUAUCCCGUCUCCUGCGUCCUGGGAAGCAAGGAGGUCAUGCUGACCAUCGAACCGGGCACCCACGGAUCCACAUACGGUGGUAACCCGCUCGGCUGCGCCGUUGCGAUCCGAGCCCUCGAGAUCGUCCGCGAGGAGAAGAUGGUCGAGCGUGCCGAAAAGCUCGGCCAGGUCUUCCGCGACGGUCUGCGCGACCUCAAUAGUCCCUUGAUCACCACCAUCCGCGGCAAGGGCCUAUUGAAUGCCAUCGUCAUCGACGAGUCCAAGACUAACGGCCACAGCGCCUGGGACUUGUGCAUGCUCAUGAAAUCGAAGGGCUUGUUGGCCAAACCCACUCACCAGAAUAUCAUCCGCCUGGCCCCUCCAUUGGUCAUCACCGACGAGGAGAUCCAGACUGCAUUGGCAAUCAUCGGUGCCGCAGUGUCCGAGCUGCCAAACCUGAAAGGCGAAAAGGAGGCAGACGUCCUUCCUGAAGGAGAGAAGAACGUCAGCAUCAAGGUUGACAACUAA